UUGAAGAACAACUGCACAUUCUCACUCAUUUGGUACCUGAUCGCUCAGCUGUCCAAACCCUCUGAACCGACGUAUUCGUUCCUUGCGUUCGACAAACUUGUUUACUGAUUGUUUACUUCACAGAUUUAUUGUUUUUUUCUCUCUGUGGAAAACUGACAAGUCUUAAAAAUGGACAACAACGCCAUCUUUAAACGAGUCCAACAAAUGAGACCAUCCUCUUUCUCUGAAGAAGAGCGAUGCCGCUACCAAGCAGAAAAAAUGAUGCUCAGGCAAUUCAUGCUCCUGAAGCAGCAGGAUCAAGUCCCCGAUCAUCUAACUGUUCAACAGAUGAAGACCUGGCUGCUGACAGGAAGGAGCUUUGUGGAGGAGUCUCAGGAAAUUAUGAUAAUGAAUGAUGAUGGCAGACUCGAGACAAAACAUCUCCUCAUGGCUGAACUGGCCUGGACAACAGAGAGGAGGUUCUGUCUCAGUCAAAUCGAGCAGGAGGUCCAGGAGGAGCUGGACGAGGAGAAGCGGCUUUCACAGCUGCUGAACAGGAAGGUCACACUGGAGGGCCUUCAGAUGUUUGUUACAGUCUUCCGACCAAAAGCAGAGAAGGCUGUGCAAACAUAUCUACCAUCACUGUUCAGCAAGCUGCUGAAAUAUUUUGGUGGAUCUCGCAUUCCUCCCGUCUCUUCAGGGGAUGCGAAGCCACAAGAGCUGUUAGACCUCCAGAAGAGCACUGCACCAGUCAUCCAGGAGGUGAUUAACACCACUCUUAAGUUCCUCCUGGAGGAACCAAAGUCUGCAGGUCAAAUUGAAGCAGCCAGCGUUGAGGUUGGGAGACUGCUGAGGGACUCAGCAGCUCCCUGUCUGCCUCAGUACGGACCUCUCUCUGCAGCCCCUCUGCUCGGGGUCUGCACUAUAGCAGCAGGAUUCAUGGUCAAAUCCAUCUUAAAGGAGUUUGACCGUUACUCCCAGAAGAUCCUCCACAUAAUGGACUAUGAUGACAGCUUCUUUUCUGCAAGAGAGAACGUCAUCUUUGCGAUCCAAGAUAUGGAAAAUAGAGUGCAGACUGCCGCAUGCAGACCUCAGCCUCAGCUCAGCACGGCGGUAGGGUCACAGGAGGGACCUCUGGAGGAGAAGGCGGCUUCUCCAGAGGUCUCGUUGGAUGAGACAAGCCCUGUGAGGACAUCCUCAUCCUCAAGACUGGAGACCAACGUGAUUAUAUACAUGGAGCCGGAGCUGGAAGUCCUGCAGGAGGAGUUGGAGGCUGAGGACUUCGGAGUUCAGAGAAAGAUGAAGAGGAAGAAGAGAGUGCGUGCCUUCUUCCAUGGCAUUUGGAGGGCAAUGUCACGCUGCUUCCAUUGUCCCUCUGAAGACUAAAUAAUAGCAAUGUCUGUGCCACGGAAGACCAAAAAGAGGGACUUCUAGGGAGGAGAGAGGAUUCACAAGUGUCUGUCACAGAGGACUAAAAAGGGGGACAUCUGAAGGAGAGGGAGGGUACUUAUAUAAGAAUAAUAGCAAUGUCUGUGCCACUGAAGACCAAAAAGUGGGACUUCAAGGGGCAGGGGGGGGUUUCUCCAGAGGUUUCUGCUAUAGAACACCAAAAAGGGAGACUUCUGGGGGGGUUAUACAAAGGUUUCCUCACUGGAUGAGGGGACACCCACUGUGACGACCAGAAUCAAGUCCCUGAUCAUUUCACUGUCAGACAGAUGAAGACCUGGCUGCUGACACAAAGAAACUUUAUUUCAAGAAAUGAUCGGGAGACCAGAGACAAAACAUCUCCUCAUGGCUGAACUGGUGAGUAAAACAUAGUGAAUCUCCAGACUUCAGUCUAACUGAGUGUUGUUGACAGGCCUGGACCACAGCGAGGAGAUUCUGUCUCCAUCAAAUGAAGCAGGAGGUCCAGGAGGAGCUGGACGAGGAGAAGCAGCUUCAACAGCUCCUGAGCAGGAAGGUCUCACUGGAUGAGGAGACAACCACUGUGUCCAUGUUUAGACUGGAGACCAACGCAGACUAAAUAAAAUCAGUGUCUGUAAUAUCUGUCUGUAAUGCUUGACUGCAUUAAAUAAACUAGAGCAGUGAUGUUCAAAACAUGCCUACAUCAACACAUCGAACAAUGAAUACAGUUGAUGUUGAGGUGUGAAUGAGUAAAUACACCAACAACGUAAUAAUACACUCAGUGCUCUGGUAGUAAAUACACAUUCUCUUCUCAUUUCAAGUAAAAUAAGGGCUGCAUUUAAAAAUGAAAUAAUGUGCAUCUUAAAACAAAGUGGAUCGAUCAUAUCGGGCUCUCAGAUCGAUCUUAUUUUCUGUGCCUUCACU